AUGGAGCAGGCUAUUGAUAUAUUGGAAGAUUGGAUCCAAAAGCAGGAUCAUUUUGUGAAAAAAGAUUUCCAUAGGGGAUAUUUGGAGCGUGUGAUAAUUUCUACAAAAGGAUCCAUCGAGAGGGCCAAGACGAGAGUGGACAAGCUAUGCACCAUGAGAGCAAUGUGGCCGCAUCUAUUCGAGAAAUGUCAUGUGAAAGCGGAUUUUCCCAAGUUACAUGAAACCUACAUAAACCUCCACAUGCCAACAUUAACGGAAGAUAACAACAGGAUAUACGUAGCUAAACUGACGGCCAAAAGCCUCACACCAGACAUAUUUUUAGAAGCCUAUCAACAUUCUGUGAUUCUCUCCGAGUACAUGAAACUACAUGAUUAUUCCCAUGGUUGUCACGUGAUUGGUGACUUCCGAGAUGUGAAUAUUAUGGAAAUGCUCAGCCACAUAAAUUUGAUGGAAUUUCGUAAUGUCAUUACUUUGUAUUUGGAAGGCUAUGGUUUCGGUGUAAAGGGCAUAUAUGUGCUUUCUACAUCAAAAUUGAUAUACACCUUCAUAAAUAUGGUAAAGCCGCUUAUAAGCGCCAAAAUUGCUGAUCGCAUAAGGGUGCUAAAAGACGUGGAGUCUUUACAAGACUAUCUGCCGAAACGUUUGUUACCAGAAGAUUACGGUGGAUCCCAAAAAUCGCUGUUAACAUUAUACGAUGAAUGGGUCGAAGAACUUUCAACAGAGAAACACGUGGCCUAUACAAAGGACAUGAGACUGGCGCGCACAAAUGAGGUGUUCAGACGAAAAGACAAAUGCCAGGAUGAAUACCUCGGAAUGUCAGGGACUUUUAAAAUUCUAAGCAUUGACUGAAUAAAUUUACGAAUAUCUUCUGUCUUA